GCUGCGCGCUCCGUGUUCUCGGCUGUGGGCUUUAGCCAAGGCUGCAGCGCCUGGAGGCCGAGCGAUUGACAGCUGCUUUCUCGGGCGCCCACACCCGGGCAAUGCGAUUUCUGGAGCCCCUGGGGCGCAGCCCGGGCUCCCUCUCCUCGCGGGCGUCGGCCGAGCCUGCGAGGCCAGGAAACGUCCGCAGCUCGAGGAGGAGGUAGGGAGGGGAGCCGAGGCACCCAGGCUCCCCCCACCCUCCACCCCGCCCCAUUCACCACAGUGCGGGGAGCCGGAUCGCGGGACGCCGAGGCCGGGACGGGAUCCUCCGCGCAAGGCCGAGGGACCCCGUGUCUCCGCGCCCGGGUGGGCUGCGAGGAGAAUGGUGCAGUCUGAGAGCGGCUGAGCUCAGCCGGCCAGAGAAACCGGCGCUGGGGUGCUCGGGCUCCGGCGGCGGCGAAGGGGGCGGGCUGCCUCGGGCAGCGGGGCCCCGGGCUUUCUCCGCGCCCGCAGCAGCAUUUGCCUAGCGCCUGGGCACCUCGCGCGCGGGGCUGCGGGAAGCCGGGGGGAGCGGCGCGGAGGGGAUCUUGGAGGAGGCCGGGUGCACACAGUCCGGGAGGACGAGAGCGCCGGAGAGAGCGGCUGGACGCGGGGAAGGAAGGCUGGCGGCCGGGCCCGCAGCUCGCCACCGCCGAGCGACCUGUCCAUGGUGUUGAAGGGGCUCCGAGCGCUCCCGGUGCGCCCUCCUCCGUGCAGCCCGCCCCUGGCGCCGCUCGGCUGCCGCCCAGGCUCUGCAGACCCCGGGCCCGGAACAGCCACCCGGGUGUCUCCGCUGCCCCAGAGCGGGGCUGUCUGAAUGGCGAGGCCAGAGACCGGCCACCCGGGAGCUCGCGGGCCAAGCCUGGCAGAGGCCGUGCGUCCGCUGACAGCUCACCCCUGAGGGGCUCCUCGUGCCGGCGGCAGCCAGGGACCGGCUAGCGAUCGGGGGACCCGAUUUUGAAAAGACCCGACGCAGAGGAUAACAGUCCCGGGCGCGCACCCCAGGCCUCCGGCUGCAGACCGGAGAGGGGCGAGCCCGGGAGGACGAGAUCCCGCGGGCGCCCGGCGAGCGUCGCGCCCUCACUCUCCUCUCGGCCGUCCCCAGCGAGCCGGGGCGGCCGCUCCAGCCAGCACGCCGUACAGAGGAAGCCCGGCCAUCCCCGCCGCGGCCGAGGACACUUGGUACUGAGUUGGCGAUUGCCCGGCCGCGAGGAGGGCUAGGACAGCCCCUGGACGGCGGGAAGUGGCCGCUUUGAGUUCCCCGCCGCGGGAGGACGCUGCACCUGCCCGGAGGAUGCCCAGGACCCUGCGGGAGCCUUUCCGGAUCAGAACUUUUUAGGCUGCCCUCCCCUUCCCCCGCAGUCCCCCCCAGGCCGCGUCCCCGCAGGUGGGGGCCCAGGGGGCGCCGCGGCGCAGCUCCCCUCCCGUCCCCACCCCCAGCUCGGCCGCCCGCCGCUUUGUUCCGGGCGCGCGGAGGGAAGGCGAGGCUGCGGCGGGUCAUGCCCAUGGUGUAGCCGCCAAGCGGAGGCAUGGCUGCCGGAAGGUUACUGCUCUACACGGGCCUCUCGCUAGCGCUCUGCGCCCUCGGCAUGCUGGCCGUGGCCAUCUGCUCCGACCACUGGUACGAGACGGACGCCAGGAAGCACCGGGACAGGUGCAAGGCCUUCAACACCCGCCGGGUCGACCCCGGCUUCAUUUACAACAACAACAACAACUUGCCUCUGCGCGCGAGCCGCUCGCGCCUGGACCGCUGGGAGGGCAAACUCCUCCGGGCCCGGAAUCGCCGGCAGCUGUUCGCCAUGAGCCCCGCGGACGAGUGCAGCCGGCAGUACAACUCCACCAACAUGGGCCUCUGGAGGAAGUGCCACCGGCAGGGCUUUGACCCCGAGAUCGCCGCCCUCCUACGGAAAGGAGAAAUUGAGAGAUGCACGUACAUCAAGUACCACUACUCCUCAGCAACCAUCCCCAGGAACCUCACCUUCAACAUCACGAAGACCAUUCGCCAGGAUGAGUGGCAUGCCCUGCACCUGCGUAGAAUGACAGCUGGCUUCAUGGGCAUGGCAGUGGCCAUCAUCCUCUUCGGCUGGAUCAUCGGUGUCCUGGGCUGCUGCUGGGACCGAGGCCUUAUGCAGUAUGUGGCAGGGCUUCUCUUCCUCAUGGGAGGAACCUUCUGCAUCAUUUCACUGUGUACCUGUGUGGCUGGGAUCAACUUUGAGCUAUCACGUUACCCACGCUACCUAUAUGGACUACCGGAUGACAUCAGCCAUGGCUAUGGAUGGUCCAUGUUCUGUGCAUGGGGGGGCCUGGGCCUCACACUAAUCUCGGGAUUCUUCUGUACCUUGGCCCCCUCUGUCCAACCUGUCCCGAGGACCAACUGCCCUAAAUCCAGACCAGAGAAUGGGACAGUGUGCUAAAAUACAAACCCAUACAUAUAUAUAUAUAUAAAUAUAUAUAUAAUAUACAUAUAUAAAGUGAAACUCAAUCAAGAUGAUGCCAGUGCCAAGGUAGAGUUGAGUUGGCUCAGGCACCUGCAUCUCACCAGACUUUGUGUUGCCUCGUGUCCAAGAUGGGAGAAACAUCCCAUCCUGUGGCUCUCUCAUCAGUUCUUGACUUUGGCUUCAUGAUUUCUUCAAGACAGAGUGAAAGCCACCACUCUCGGUAGCAUCUCAAUCCCUGUCACUCAUAAGGAUGUGGUGGUGAGCUGGAAGGGACAGAGGCAGUGGUCUGAAGUGACACAGAUACAAAGAAGGAAGCGCCACACUGUGAGCCACCAGGAGAGGACACCACCACACCCCAGCCAUCAAAUCACGGGGAAACUCGGUCCCUUGAGUUCAUAGAAUGUAACCACAUCUUCGAGGCCGUGUUCAGAACCACUUCUCUGCUCUUCCUGUUCUGAGCUCCUUCUCAGCCCACCAGUGAUGAGGAAACAGACUGAGAAGGAAGUUUUCUCUUUGCAGUCAAACCUUUGGACAAUGCUUUAGAGGUGGGAAGGGGAGAGAACAUGCUGAGAGGCAAGAUCUGCAUCAACAAAAGGACAUUCAGUGGAUGCUCAGAAAACCCAGUCUUACCUUCCAGCUGCCUUACACCCAGUUAAACAAAAGGCCACCCUGUCCUCCCCUGCCUGUGUUCUCUGGGCAGAUCGGAGCCUUUGAGCAAUGCUGUGAUGUGUGUGUGUGUGUGUGUGUGUGUGUGUGUGUGUGUGUGUGUGUAUGUGCGGGUGCGCGCACGUGCACGGGCGUGUAUGUGUGCGUGCGAAGCAUUUGUGUGUGCAUGCGCACACAUGUGCACAUAGGUGUUGGGUGGUUAACUUUUUAUUUUCUAUUCUUUGAAUGGAAAUAUAUUAUUCUGUUGUCUCUCUCACACUCUUGUUGUUUUUGACCCAUUAUGGAGGCCCCAAGAUCUGGGAAUUAUCUUUGGGGGGAGGCAGGCCUUCAUGGGUGCCAAUGCAGCAGCUGCAGAUUCCUAGAGAGAGACAAGAGUGAGUGUGUGUGUGUGUGUGUGUGUGUGUAUGUGCGUGUGCCCAGGCACGUGUGUAUAGGCAUGCACACGUGGUGGAUAUCUCAUGAGUGUAGGGUUUUAUUGUUUGUGUUACUUUUUUUUUUUUUAUAACUUUUGGUACAGCUGAAAUUCCCAGAGGGCAAAACCAAGAACAAAACCACUGGGCCAGAGAACCCUGUGGUACUUCACAGUAUGGUUCUGGAACUCCGCAAGAUUUAGUCCACUAAUUUUGGAAGUUCAAGACACAGCCGGGCACAAAAGUCAUAAGAGAAGAGGGGGAACAUACAGUUCAGGAGAGAGAAGGAAUAUUGCCUCUGGUUGCUGAUGUACAAUUGUGUAUACCAAACAAGACCUUCAUCCCCCAUUGUGGGGGCUGUCCUUUGUCACUGGACGUCUGCUUUUCUAGGGUUGAGCCCUGUACCGAUGAAAGGAAAUGGGUCCCAUGCAGAGAGAGCACCUCCAUGUCCCAUGGGCUCAAGUUUGUAUGAUAUCAUGUAAAUUAAUGGAGAACUCUUGACUCUUUCCCUUCUCAUCCUGUUCCUCUUGAUCUUCAUGGCCCUGAAUCCCAAAAUAGAUACCCACCUUAGGGCUAGCACCCAAACUGAGGUGGGACAAGGCCAUCCAGGCAUCUCAGACUCACUUGAGCAAAUUGGCACUGGGUGCUGGCAAAUGAAGAAGUCAGCCAGAGCCGUGAAUGCCACAGGGCAGGAACAGCUCAUGGUUACCUUGGGAACCCUGAUGGUGCCAAGUGUCCCUGGGGAGGCGAGGAGAGAAUCCCGAGCCGGCACAACUAUGGUCAGCCAUGCAGAAAGGGAGCUUGGCUGCUGCAGAACAGAUCUGCUUUGGCAACGUUGCCAAACACUCCACAGCCUUUCUGCCCCACCUGCUCUGUUGCAGCUCCCUGUUUCCAACCUCUUUUCCUACCAGACUCCUCACCUGCUAACACCUUUCCUCCCCUCCCUCCAUCUUCCAGGCUGUAGUUCCUGUUGGUCUCAUAUCCUCCUCUGGCUCUCUCUCUGUCUCUGUGUGUACUUGCGCGUGCGUAUGUGUGUGUGUAUAGUGUGUGGUUGUGUAUGUUUCAUUGUGUUCCUAUAUACAGGUGUGGCUGCAUUUCUCAAGACUCCCUCAUUAGGGCCCUGGUCAGGUUCUCUAGAAGGUCUGUCUUGUGAGAACCAUGAGUCUAGGAAUGCCAGGUGAGCGGGGGCGAGCUGGGUGUCAGGAAGUGCUGCUGGCUUCCAGUUGAGAUUCUUAGAGUUGUUUUAAAGGCAAAGGGUGUAUUCUAUGAUAAGGAGAAUAAUUUUUCAAAAAGAAAAAAACGAGUUUUAUUUAAUUGACAAUUUUCUUUUUCUUUGAAAAAGCUAGAUUUUUCUCUUAAGGUGAAGGAUAUACUUGAAGUUGAGGGAAAAUGAAAUUAUCUCAGAUUGGGAGGCGUUUUGUCUUUCUUCUGGGUAUCUUGAACUGAGCAGGGAUAAGCAGGUGUCCAUGAACACACCCAUGGGCACUUGUCUGUGACUAAAUGAUAAUUCCAGCAGCAAAAAGAUGGAUGAAGCUAAGCUAAAGGGGACAAUUUUCUAUAGACUAUUUCAACUUUUCUCAAGUAAACUUGUUUGAACAUAUGAGUUCACAGACCUCUCAGUUUUAUGCCUUUUGUAAAAAUUAUAUUCAUCAUAAACAGAUCAUCUGCUUUAUCCAAUUGCCCCAGACUAUGACAAACUUAUAAUAAAAUUUACUGGCUUCCUUUGAAACAUGAGCACUCCUGAAGCAUUAGACAGGCUCCCAGGCAGGAGACAGGCUCUCUGGACUUAGUUCAUUCAGCUCACCAUCAGCCGAACUAGACCUUAGACUGACUCUCUUACUGUUACAACUGGAUAGGGAUGGACACUCACAUGCUAGGAUCUGAUCCUACUUAGGAAAAAAACAAAACAAAACAAAACAAAAAACAAACCCAGGCCCCUGAUCAGCACGGAUGUCUCCACACUGAUAGCAAUCUCUGUCCAGGUGACCUAAUUCCUCCAUCACAGGGGGUUGACCCCUGCUUCAAAUAAGCCCCUCUGAGACCCUUUCUGGAGCUUCUGGCUGCGGGCUGGCUAGGGGAUGAGUGAAAGAGAAGGAAGAAAAGAAUCUGGGUUUGUGACACUCUCUAGGUCAGGCUCCACUAACUCCAAAUGGUAGACUCCAAUCUCCUGAGGGGACUGAGAGCCAGUGAUUUUGGCAAGACCCCUGGUUCCUACCUAGGGCAAGUUCAAAUUCUUUUACUGUGUGUGCACAGGGAGCAGGAUUGCAUAUGCUGUGGACUCUGUGCAAGCCCCCAGCACGAGACCACUUUUAACAUCCAUUUCUACUGCUGUCUCCUAUACUGAAGAUUUGGGAAAGUUGGCGUCUAACUAGAGAAAAGUGCAAUUUCCUGUUCUCAUUGGGAGUUAGGGCUCUUUUUCUGCUUUCUUUCUCCCUAUAGCUUUCCUUAUCAUCAGUUUGUGACAGUUACCUUCUUAGGGAAGAGAGAGGCUUCAAGCUCCCCUCUCCUUGCUUGUCAUGGCCUGAGGUCUCACAAAGAGGUGUGUAGAUCACUGACAUCAAAAUAUAAGAAAAAGAAAUGCCUGUUCCAGCCUUUUAGCAGCCCCCCUUUCUCACUUCUAGGGAUAAUGACAGCAUAGUUAAACAGCUCUCACAGGUCAAGACCAGUCUUCUUUGGCCUCAGGUCCCUGAGUGGUGCCCUAGGCCAUGAGACCAUGCUGGUGAGGUUUCUACCCAGGGGUGUACCUUUCCUCUAUAGGAGAGGGUGCCCUGAGACUUGGCAUCUCCUUAGCUGUCCAUAUACAUAGUAAGAGACCUAAGAAGGAACUACUACUACUGACAUGAGGAAUAUGUGCUAUUUAGGUCUCCAGUACUGCCCACCUAUGGAAUAUGCCCAAUAAUAAGGUCUUACUCAUUGCUCAGAGCAUUUGGCGCCAACAGUCAUUAGGCUGGGAACAUUUUUACACUGAUUUUCACUCAUGUGGGGAAAGAAUGGGAAGAAGUACCCUCUGUCUCUGUUUGUGUAGAAUACCAGUUGCUUCUUGUAGUUAAAGGGAAUCUUCUUUCCUGAAAAUGUUCCUGCUGCUCCUGAGCUGAUAUGCCCCAGUAAACACAUCCAUCCUUCUCCAGGGAAAGAUGAUGAGUCAGAAGAACUGAUUAUACAGAUAGCAGAGUAAGCAUCGCUCAGCUAGCCAGCCCUAGUGCUGUCUUCCAGCCCAUAUAGACAGAGGAAAGGGGCAGGUUGUUUUUAAAGCAAGUCCAGCAGAGAGGAUGCACACAGGUGUCUCUCAGGGUGCUUGACUUCUGGGAUCAUGUUUACCAUCUCUCCAUCGAUGCUACUCUGCCACAAAACACUUCUUUGACAUUGUUUCUAGUCCUUCGACUAGGUUAUUACCAGCUAUUGAGCUUUCCACUCUGAGGCAUACAUUCUCAUUGUAGAAAACUAGAAAAGAAAAGUAAAUGCAUGCAAAAGACCAAGAGACUGAUUCUAAUCCCAUCACUCAGGCCCCUACGGUGGACCCAGUAAUAAUGGUCAGACCUCAAAACCUCUUCAAUGAGUGGUUGUCACUGGGUGAAUAGAUGGGGCCAGAAUAACAUGGCAUGGCCACAGAACUACACCAAUUGGCAUCAGUGAUUCUGUGUUCUUGGCAGCAAUACAAACCCCAAGCCAGGGCAGCAAAGAGGCCUUUGAAAGCUCACACCAGAGCUAAAGAUCUUCUCUCUCUCUCUCUCUCUCUCUCUCUCUCUCUCUCUCUUUCUCUCUCUCUCUCUUUCUCCCCUCUCUCUCUCCUACUUGUUCCUUUUUUCAGGUGCCAUCUCAAUCUAAUCAUGGGUAUAAACUCUCUGAAGCCAGAGAAACUCACUAAUGAAGCUCCACUUGUAUAAUGCAGCGAUGACUAUACAUUUCAUUCUUCUCUGUACUAAAAUGAUGUGUGACUCUGGCACUGUGUCUUCUCCAUACUUGAACUUCCUCAUCUACAAAAUGAGGAUGGUGAUAACGCUUUACCUCAUGGUAUAUUAAGGGUGACAAAUUGCAAAGCAACUUGCAAACAUGAAGUGUCUAUGAAUUAUGCACUGUUCAAGUUACCUGUUAUCAGCGGUGUAGCCACUACAAUGAAAUGGUUCCAUCAAGGCUCUGCCAAGAGGAUAAUGUAGAGAGGGAGAUGCCAUCUUGGUUGCUGAAUUAGAGUGUAGCUAUCCAACUGAAGCACAUGGAUUUCACUUCUUCUUUCAAGCCCUCCAGAGGAAUUGCCUUCUUCAUAUUCUUUACCCAUUGCCAGACUUACUUCCUUUUCUUCAAGGCCAGUCUAGUAAAGUACACUCUCAUUCCUGUGUACUACCAGAGGUGAUUAAAUGAGCAGACCAUGUGGAGGCUAAGAACAUAGACAACUAAAACAGUUCACUUCUAAAGCUGGUGUGGAGUUAAUGCUGUUUGUUUUAACGGUUCUAUUUUCAUUCCUAGCUGUAUAGGCUCAUGUUGGGGUGCAAAGUCAGACUCUUAAAGCUUUUAAAGUUCUCUCUUUAGUGUAAAGAUAAGUAUGAUAGGAGUAAGAGCCUGCUUCCUCUUGUCAGGCUACAAAGCUAGUGAUGUCAUCGAUAGCCCCUGAGUUCUGGUAGGAGGUCCUGAGUGGUGUGUCCAGCUGGAACAUGCCCCAGUAUGAUCUUGCUUGGAUCCCAAAUUUUAAAGGAGAUAAGAAUUGAUUCCCCAAAAGGAUUUCCAUAUGCUUUUCUUCUUUCCUGUAUGUACUGAGACUUUUUACCGGAGAACUAGUCCUUGCUCUCUUUAUGACUAGAGCCCAGCCAGUGAUAAGGGUGAUAGCACACCUGCAAGCGUGGCUUGUUCACGGCCAACAAACAGAAAACUGGGCUUCAAUCCAGGAGUUGCCCAGCUACCACUCAGCCUGGCAUCUUCUUGACAAAUACCAGCCUACUACUCUUCAUGCCUAAGACCUGUUAUGACUCCCUAGGAAACAACCCAGUGUCUUCAUUUCUCUCCCCUGGACCCCAGACUUUUUCUUUCCUCUCUGGGUGGUCCAUAGACCAUUCUCAUCUAUAUGUACCAGUGUGGCUGUGUCAUGAGUGCGAUGAUGCCUUUCACACAGAGAUUUCACAGAACCGCUCUCAUACCCCUUCCCUGUCUCCACCCCCCUCCCCCACUGCCCACGGUGUGACUGUUUUGCUAUUCAAGACUAUCUGUAAAAAUGUACAAAUAAAAGUGAAAGCUGAAAAUAAAGGGGAGGGGAAUUGCAUCUUCUCAAAUGCUGUAAUGUAGCCCUCAGUUUUCUGAGGACUUGUGAGGACUGCCCUAGAACCCUGACUCUGGUGGCCCUUGAAGGGAGGGAUGCCUGUCACAGGAGAUUUUUCUGGUUGUUUCCCUGGUGGUUUCUUAUGCUUGCUUGGUACUCGCUGUUCUGAAGACAUUUGCCUUUAAAUUUAAGUGGGUCUCCCUCCCCCCCCCAAAUAAAAGCAUAUCAUCAAAGUUAGAAGAGUGAAGGUCAUGGCUAGUUAUCAGCCCAGAGACUUGACCUGGGGUGAUAUUAGUAACUUUGUUAAUAGCUCACCUGGAACCUUGGGUGAAUCUUGUGACCCCACAUCAUAUCCACAUCUUCUCAGCCUCGGAGGAAGCAGGGUGACUUUUGGGACACAGGGACACCAGGUCUCCCCGUCCAUUCUGCUGCUAUUUGUGCCCAUGCUGGCUGUGGUAUGCUGACUGCGCGGAGGCAAUUCUGUAGAAGCUUUCUCCCUGUUUCUCUUGCCCCAAGCUGACUCUCCUCAGAAAGUAGCCUCAAGCCAGCAGCCAGCUUGUGUGCAGACUCCAAAGCCUUUUAUCUACCUUUUUAGUCUCAGAUGCCUUUUCCCACCCACUUUGAUGAUCUCAUCUUGCUCUCUUUGCUGACAGAGCUUUGCCUCACAGGACUAGGGCAGGAAAAAAGAACAUCAAAGGAGGUGACGUGAGUGAAUUGCUUUACCAACUGUGGCUGGCUCUACAAGUGUGGCUUACUCUGGGUGAAGGGUAGAGCCUGGCCAGGGGACACUCUGAAAUGGGGGUGGGAAAUGGGGUGGAGGCUGUGGGUAGAAUUAUGUGGUUAGAUAACUUAGAGGUUAAUGAAGACAUUUCUGUGCUUCCAGCAUCCCCUCAGCAGAGUGGCAGAGAAACAGCCCCAAGGCCGUAAUCCUGGCCGCAUCCAGGGCAUGGAUGACCCUGGAGUACAAGCAGUGGCUAGAGAAGGGUGGUUGUCCCAGAGAGAUAGAAUUUGGCCUGUGCCAGCACCCCCUCCACUCAUGGUUAUAGGCACCUUCAGUCUAAAACUUCCUCAGCCCUGGUGGACCUUUGUGACUCUCUUUGAGAACUGUGCAAGGAAGGUGAUUAGACCACUAAUUUGAUACAAGCUAUGUAUGCAAUUUGAAAUAUUCUACUAGCUGCAUUUUAAAGUGCCAACAAAACAGGUGAAAUUAAUUUCAAUAUUAUAUUUGAACCCAGCAUAUCAACAAUACUAGCACUUCAACACAGGAUCAACAUAAAAGUUCCUGGCAUGUUUUAUGUCCUGUUUAUUUCAAAUGAAAUCUUCUAAAGCCAACGUGAAUUUUGCCCUGAGAAAACAUCUCCAACUGGAUCAGCCAUGUUUUUGGUGCUCAAAAGCUUCAUCGGGCUUUUGUUACCAUCUAGUAGUGCACAGAGUUAGGUCUUUCAGAGCCGGAGCGGGAUGCCCUUGCCUGCGAGUCAUCCAUUGUGGUGGAUUUCGUUGUGGGAACAAAGGCAAAGGCUGGAUUUGCUGAACAGAUAGCAGAGCUACAUCUACGAUGCUGCUGCCUCACCUUUGGAAGUUCUGCUGCGCCUGCUUAGGAAGGGCAGAGAGAGCUGCUGCUGGGAACCACAUGUUAGAGCUGCCUCGGGAGGCCUUAGUGCUCUCGCUGGACGUGGCCCUGACGACCUGCCAGAAACCCGGGGAGAAAGCAGGCCGUGCUCUUUGGCUGUGGGAGUGUCAGCCUCUGCCCACCCUGUCCAUGUUUAUCUGGUAAAAAGAGACAGACAGGCCACCCCGUUGUUAAGAUUAACAUCUCUCCCACCUUUUAACAUCUGGUGGAGCCCUGCUAAAACAUCUCACUGAUAUUUGGAUCUGUUUAAUCCAUCCUCCGAUAUCUUUGUUUGUUUUUUAAAUCUUGACUGCUGAAAAGGAGAUAUGGGAAAAGAGCAGCAGGCAGACUGUGUCUCCUAGGAGGUGUCCUUACACUAGGACUCAGGCCACCAUUUCCUACCUCUCCUUUCUGCUUAGAGAUCUUCCUUAGAUCUAAAUAAGCCUUGUGUGUGUGUGAGAAAGACAGUGAGAUCUUAGGGCAUAGAACAGAAUAAAUACAAGCAACCACUGGCUCAUUUCAAAGAGCUAGUAUGACAAGGUUUGAUUUGCUUAAACUAGAACAUGCUGAGCCCUAUGCUGCCAAGCAGGAAAAAGAGAGCUGAUUCGGUGAGUACAUUCUAUGUGGUCAUUAGACAGGGACCAUCACCGGCAAAACUCUCAAACAUCUGGAGUGUUUAUGGUCCACCAGAUUAUCGCUCAGUCAAUAUAAAUUUAUUUACCUUCACUCUAAUUUACAUAGUGCUUUCUGAUUGGUUAGACACAGUGUGGUGUAUACUGCAGGAUUCUAACAACGACUCUCCUCUUGGAGGUAGCAAUUCCUGUGGUUAUUGGUGCUAAAAUAAGAUUAAAUAUCAUGUUAAUUUGUUCUGAUACAAUUUGAAUAAAUGUAUUGUUUAAUCUUAACAAGAAUGCUACAUCUUAUUAGAUCUAUUGUACUGUCUGUUUCUUCUCAUAAUUAAUUAAUUACAGGAAAGGUGAUCUAAACCAGGUCUUGAAACUCUUGUGAUAUUUUGAGAGGAACUUUGCAGGGAAGUGGGAGGGGGAAAUGAAAAGGGAAAUUGCCAGGUUCCUGUGACUUUGAAAGGACUGAGGAAGCAGAAAGCGUUUGGGGACUUCACUGAAACUGACUGCAUCUUGCAAUUUUCUUUUUCAAAUUGGCAGAAAUAUUAUUUCCAUCGAUUGAAGAAAAAAAAGUGUCUGGUAAUUAAUUAAAUGACUUGUUCAUGGAAAAAAUAAAAAUAAAUAAUCUGUCAGUUGUGGAAUGUAAACUGAUUAAACAAUUAAAUAAAGAAGACCAUGUUGUGUGUUUUAAAA